AUGGCACCGGCAUAUGCAAAAAAGACUUCGCAGUUGCUGCUCUCCUCAGACAGCUCCUCCAGCAGUGACUUACCGUCCAGCCCCUCUGACACCAAAGGAAAGUCGGCAACUCGAGGGCAGCAAUCACCAGAAAAGCGAGGCAAGCUGCCACUCGCCCCGAAGGACACGAAUGAAGGAGCGCUGCCUCGUCAGGAUGUUCCGCCCAAAUAUCCGAAUGGGACUACAAAAAGGCCGCCACCUGCUCCCACAGUGGAUGCAUUGGGCUCCCUGUUUGUCCCGGGAUCUCCACAUAGGCGUCCUAAGGACAGCCCGGGAGAUCGCGGACUUCCAGUAGAGGAUCCACUCUUAGCUUUUGACUCCCCUUCACAGGCAGUGCAGCGAAUCAAAAGCGCAGUCAUCACGAGGGCUCCAAGUGGCAGGAGUUCGGAGGCACGAGAUGUGAAAAGUGCUUCAGCGGAGCUACCGAAGGGACUCUACCAGCCACUUAGUCGGCAGGCCUCGAAGCGGGUGGCCUCAACACCUCGUGAGGCGGCGUUUGCUCGCAAGCCAUCAGGCCUACCCGUCAGGAGCAGGCAGAGCAUCGGAUCACGUAGAAAAAUUGACCAGGCGGAUUCUCCCCGGUCCGGAAAGUUGCUUCCAUCCUCUCCAAGACCGCAGAGUUCGGAUGAUGGUGGCAAUCUAGUUACUCCUCGGCGGAAUGGAGGGGGAGAGCAAGACGCCUCAACGAAGGUUUUGCAGAAGAAAAACUCCGAAGAUGCGUGGACGACGCUUCCUCGAAGGGAGGCCCCUUCAAGGAAUAACAGCAGAGACGGGGGACCCCAAGGACGAGCUCAAGCUGCCAAGGCGGAGAAACGAACGUCCGCUGCUGGCCCUCCAGUGACGCGCAAAUCUUUAGUUUUGUCCAAGCAACAGCCGAAACUCCCGACGGGGAGGUCGGAGGCAGAUGCGACACCGUGGUCUGACGAGGGUUCGGAGAGGCUAGGCGUCUCGAAGCCCCAGGAAAAGGCUCCAAAGAAGCUCGUCUCCGCAGGUACGGAUGCUCGUUUGUCUCCAAGAAUUAAAUCAUCAGUUGAUCCGGGUGUCGUACAAGACCUUGAGGGUCGCCUUGCCAAGUCGAACCGCCGAAUAAGCGAGCUGGAGGCUCAAGCAGCGGAAGCUAAAAGGCUCCACACCGAAGAGCUUGAACGUCUGCGACUAGAAUACAAAGUUAAGGUUGCUGAAGAAGCGCAAAAGGUCAGGAGUGAGCGCGAAGAGGCGAUGGAGAGGCUUCGGAAAGAAGAGAAGAGCAAGCUCGAAGAAGUUCAAAAGCAAGCUCUAGCACGCCAAAGUAGUAUGAAGAUGCGGUGUGACGCGUCAGUACGCGAGUUGAAAGAGAAAAUUGAAGCAUUGGAGAACCAGCUCAAGACGAAAUCGCAGGACUUCGAGCGCGAGCGAGUCGAUCUUAUGAGGUCAUUUGAAGAUAAACGCAAGCACGACUUACAGGCACAAGAGAACGAGGUGAAGACGCAUCAGAAAGAACUGAAGAACAAGGAGUCAGAAUUAAUGGAACAACAAGGCAGAGUGCAGGCUCUUACUGCAAGCAUGCAGACUCUCACAACUUCGUUAGCUCAGAUGAAGGAACUGAAUGACAUAUCAAGAACGGCAACGCAAGCACUGGAAGAGAAAGCAAAAACACAGGCUGCAUUUAUAAACACACUGAUGAAGAGGGAAGAAAAUCUGCGCGCUCAGGCAGCAAAGCUAAUGCCAGUAAAAGAAGCGAAGAGGCUUGCAUUCCGGGCGCUGCUCAAAGGAAGAGCGGUGGAGAUGAUUUCACGAGCGUGUAUGCCAACAGACGCCAGCCUGUGGAACAAGGCGUGGGCUUUCCAACAGCUUGUUGACCUCAUAGGCGGCGCACGCGGGUCCAAAGAAAGGCGGCAAGACGCAAUUGAGUCAAGGCUUAUGCAGUUCCGUAAGGAACAGAUGUUCCUUAUGGCGGAAAACGAAAGACUUAUGGCAAAAGUUGCUGAGCUGCAACAAGAGGGAAUAAACCAGAGGCAAAGCAAGGUUGCUCUAAUGGAGCAGGCCCUCAUUGGAGAUGCUUCGAGCGGUCCAAGUAGUGCAACAAAUAACAACAGUGGAUGUCCAGGCCAUGAACCCGCUCCUCGAUUUCUUGUAGUGUGUAUUCAACACUUAGUUGAUAAAAGGCGGUUGUGGGCAUUUUUAAGGCUCCAGAAGGUGACCACAGAAGCUGAGUCGAAUACGACAAUAGACAAGCUCCAGAAGAGAUUCAAUGAAUUGCGAGUAUCGGCUUACAAGGAAAUGGCGGCGAGAAUCGGGAUUUUUAGGCUUGUAGCGUUCAUAAAGUGCCUGCGUCUCCGAGCAUUGUUCUGUUCCUUCUUCAACCUUGCCAUGAAUGCAAAACAGCUCUCUUACGACGAAGCGUUGAAGAAAGCAGAGCAAAUCCGAGUUCCCUCAGAUCCGUUCACAAAAGAAUCAGUUGCACCUGAAUUUCCAGUUACAGGGGCGUACACCAAAACGGAUAAUGCGCGGCUGGAUCUCAACGUUCCUUUGGCACAUCAGCCACACUACUAUCGUCAGUUGCCGUCCGUACGAAAUCCACCUCGCGGACGUAACAUGUUCGUCCCAAUGAUUGACCCCAGGCCACCAGUGCAGGGCUACUUGCCACAUCCUGGGUACUCACACACCCCACUAUCGCUCGGCGUGCCACCUUUCGUAGCGAAGGGCCGACCACCAGGAAGCAGUGUGGGUGUCCCAAAUGCUUUCCCUUCGGGGCCUUAUGAUGCAACACAGCCAGUAGACGAGCGAGGGGCAGUAUUCCGUAUGAGGGGAGCACAGCAGGAUCUGAGGAGGAUCAUGAUGGAAAAUGCUGGUGACAAAGUGGGAGCACGCAUCGUCGGAAGAAAGUAA